CGGGCAGUCGGGAGGCAGAAGCGAGACAGUCGAGCGGCAAAGCUUUCUGUGUCUGUGAAAUCUCUUCUUCGCUAAGGAUAUUUCGGCUGUUUUUUUUUUUGUUGUUGUUGGGCGAAAUAAACAUCUCACGCUGACGUAAAUCCAAAACCCCUUCUCACGCGCGCAACAAUAAGAGCAACCAGGACUGACUUCUCCUCGGGACUGCGCUUUACUCUCACUGCAAGAGCUAUCUGGGACCCCAACGAUUCCCAUGAAAUGUGGUCAGUAUUAGAUCAAGUGUGUCAGUCUAGAAGAGUUGAUCUGAAGUGAAUCUAAAAGCAGCAUCGAGCGGAGACAGGCUGUAUUGACCAGCGAUUCCCCCCUCCCCUCCCCCGUGUGAUUUUUCUUAUCUUGACUUGGAGAGGGAAGCGAAGAGUAAGAUACAUUUUUUUUAAUUUUUUGAGCCUAAAUACGGACGUUUCUGGCUGACAUUUGAGAGAGGUUUCGCUCUAAGGGACAACGUGUUUAUGGAUUUCUGCGCAGUGAGGAACAUCGGGAGUUGAAUGCUACGAUCUCAUGCAUCGAUCAUGUUCAUACCUCGCUGUGUCUGUGAACUUUGAUAGAUGUUUGCAGGACAAAAACUCACUACGAUAGAGAAAAGGUUUAAUUAAAUCAGCUAAAGUAACUCAGUUUGACCUCUGGGGGAAGCGGGAAGCGCCUUUUCGUCCUUCCCCGUGUUUUUCUCCCAAGAAGUCAGGACGAGUCUCUAUCACUCUCUAUCUGCUUUUGUGAUUUAAACAAAGACCAAAGUGUUUUGGGAUAGCAUGGCAAUGGUAGUAAACCAGUGGUCAGAGAACAUUUCUGCAGAUCCGGGCUCUCAGCUCCAGAUUUGCGGCCAGGAGCCCGGCGGGGCACCGGGAACCCCCAACGGUUCCACCCCGGGGAACGAUGCACUUUCCGGGGAUAAGCUCCCCAACGUGGACUGCAUGGUGUGCGGGGACAAGUCCAGCGGGAAGCAUUACGGCCAGUUCACCUGCGAGGGAUGCAAAAGCUUCUUCAAGCGCUCCGUGAGGCGGAACCUGUCCUACACCUGCCGAGGGAACCGGGACUGCCCCAUCGACCAGCACCACCGGAACCAGUGCCAGUACUGCCGGCUCAAGAAGUGCCUCAAAGUCGGCAUGAGAAGAGAAGCUGUACAACGAGGACGCACAUCAAACUCUCAGACUAGCCCAGGACAGUACCUGACCAACGGCACAGACCCGUACAACGGCCAGCCCUACCUGUCCGGCUUCAUCUCUCUGUUGCUCCGUGCCGAGCCGUACCCCACGUCUCGUUACGGGGCCCAGUGCAUGCAGGGAAACAACCUGAUGGGCAUCGAGAACAUCUGUGAGCUGGCGGCGAGGCUGCUCUUCAGCGCUGUUGAGUGGGCAAAAAACAUCCCUUUCUUCCCCGACCUGCAGCUCAUGGAUCAGGUGGCGCUGUUGCGUAUGUCAUGGAGCGAGCUCUUCGUCCUCAACGCUGCGCAGUGCUCCAUGCCGCUCCACGUGGCCCCUCUGCUGGCAGCAGCAGGCCUGCACGCAUCGCCCAUGUCGGCAGAGCGCGUGGUGGCCUUCAUGGAUCACAUCCGCGUCUUCCAGGAGCAGGUGGAGAAACUGAAAGCCCUGCAGGUCGACACAGCCGAAUAUUCCUGCCUGAAGUCCAUCGUGCUCUUCACUUCCGAUGCCAUGGGUCUCUCAGACGUCGCCCACGUGGAGAGCAUCCAGGAGAAGUCCCAGUGUGCUCUGGAGGAGUAUGUAAGGAACCAGUAUCCCAGCCAGCCAAACCGCUUUGGCCGUCUCCUCCUCCGCCUGCCAUCCCUUCGCAUCGUCUCCUCCCCAGUCAUCGAGCAGCUGUUUUUCGUCCGCCUGGUUGGCAAGACGCCCAUCGAGACACUACUACGCGACAUGCUUCUGUCUGGAUCAAGCUACAACUGGCCCUACAUGCCCACUGUGCAGCGCGAGCGACCCAUUUCCCUCCACUACAACGAGAAUGGGCCCUGAGGAGCAGAGGCGGACAAAGAGGAAGCUGCCGAAAGAAAUCCGGGCUGAACGUCCUUUUCAUACACCCUUCACUUCCUUCAAUUUUCUGAGUUUAACUUUUUCAGAGGAAGCAUCUCCCUCACCAUUCCACUGACAACGUAAUCAGUUGCCGUCCCGGAGAAAAAAAAAAAAAAAAAACAGCCAAUCAGUCACCACGGCCACUGAAGAGACUCGGUGGCCUGUUGCCGUCCCUCAGCCGAUGGUGCAGGUCUACAUUUGAGAUGUGGCACGAGCUGGACCGGUUGGUAGAACGGGUUAUUGCGCAGUUCACCAGCAGCCCUGUUGGACUCUCUUCAGAUGUCAGUCUCAAACCUCAUAUAAACAGGGCCAGCAAAAGACAAACAUUUUGCAUUAUUGUUGGUGCUAUGCCUACUUUUACAGUGGCUGUGUGUAAGCGUCACAGUAUUGCAAAUACCGAGCAAGGGCUUUGCCAACGGGACUCUACAACCAGGAGCACAAGGCCUGAAGUUCAUUCACUAAUUUUUGAAAAGAAAGCCAGAAGCCAUUAAGAAAAAAAAAAAGACAAAUGCCAAAAUGUCUUGGACUUUUACAGAGGACAUGUUUUAAUGUGUGUGUUUGUAUUAGCACUGUUUAUAUGGAGAGUAAACUCAUGAUUGUGUCCAUAUGUACAGUAUAUCGUUGAUUCAUAGGCAUCUAUAGCAUAUUAGGGUUCAGUGGGAAAAGCUCAGGUUCAAAGGGGUGGGGAGACAGACUGACAGACAUGCCAAUAUCAGAACAAGCGUUACAAAUUCAAACCCAGCUAAAUUUACACUUAUCAGCAAACUGUGCCAAAGCUGAAAUAUGCAUACUGUUUGGAUAUUUUUGUGGGAGUGUUGGUGAUUACAAUUUAAUGUUUGGUUUGUCUAAAAUUUGACUAUAUACUUGUUUGUAGGGUCUCAGGGGGAGAGAAGGAGUUUGUAAAAGAAAAGUACAAAUAAAAGCUUACAGGCACUUGCAAUGUUAACUAGUCAGGCCUACACUUAUUCACUCCUGUACGAUCACAGCACUGGAAGCUCGUUGCUACCGUCAUGCCAUUUGAUUGAUCUUCCCUUUUUUCCUUAUCGGAAAGGCCCACUUUAUCACAGGAGUGACACAACAAUCCUAAUUUUUGUUAUAUAGUCAUGAUUGUCAUUGUUAAGGAAACAUUUUUUGGGGGGGAGGGGGGUCACAUUUUACAAAAUUAGCUGUACUUGCCUUAGAACAAAGAUUUUGUCACUGAGCAUUUAUCUUAUGACUGUGCCAUAAUCUCUCGUUACCUGUUAUAACAGGUAUUAUGUCCUGUCAGGAGUGGAAAUGAACUCAUGUGAUGUAAAAAAAAAAAAAGAUCAUUUAUCAUGGAAAAGGGAGCCAGCAUACAGAUCAUUCUUAUGCAUUAGCAGACAUUUCUGUUCUUAAAUCUUUAGCACUUUCAUUUUUUGGACCUCCUGCGAGUUCUUUUCCACUUCCUGAUGAUAUGUCACGUAGGGAAAUCCCCAUCGACUCAUGUCAUUUGAGCUUAUCGUACCGAUACCGUAGAUGAAAAGUAUCACUAACCUCUGAAACCUCAGUCUAUGUUACAAUUAUUACAAUAUAAUCCCAGUUGGACUUAUGACUGUGACUUAGUUUAGGACUAUUUUAAUUUUUUUUUUUUUGCUUUCCAUUGGUGGGAGCAGGUUUGUUUUGAUGACUGUCUCACAUUUCCAACACGGCUCAGUUGUAUCAUGUAUUGAUAUUGGUAAAGCCAUCUGGGACCUUAGAAAUCUGUCUGUUGAUACAUGAAUUCACAGAAAGUUUCUACAAGUUUGUUUUUAUCCCCUCUUCUUUUGUUUGGCAAUAUGGAUUAUCCAUUAAAUGAAAUAAAAUUA